AUGUCUGCAGGAAAAGAGACCCUGGACAAGCUGGAAAAUGGGGUGUCAGAACUUUCGACAGAAAAGCAGCAGAUACAGCCUGCACCAUCCCAGGCCUCCUCAGCUCUAUUACCCAACUCCAUCUCCACUGUGAAAGUCAAGGACGAACCUGUGGAUGAGGAGUACGAGCAAGCGAUGGCUCCUCAGGCCCCAGCGGGUGGUGUAAAGGUUGAGCCAGAAACUGCUGAAGAGUGUGGACAGCAACAGAAGGCCACAAACGAAUUCAAGAUCAGUGCUGUGUUUUCUGUGGGGCAGAAUCCUGCAUCAAUAGGAUCUACCCCUGCCCAGACGGCGGCGGCCGUCCCCCCCCCAAAGGCAGUCACUCCUUCCUCUGCCCCCAUGCCUUCGUUGGCGUCUGCCAGCUCUCUAUGUGUGGUGUGCUCAGGCUGUACAAAAGUCCUUCUGAAGGGGCAAACGGCCUACCAGCGCAAAGGCUCCAGCCAGCUCUACUGCUCCACUGCCUGCCUCACCCGCUCUUCCGCUGUCCUGAAGGCGGUGAUCAAGAAGACUUGUCACUAUUGUCUCAAGGAGAUUAUGAACCCUAAAGAUGUCAUCAUUGCCCCGGUGGACUCAGCAGGAGCAGUGAAGGACUUUUGUAGUCAGAAAUGCCUCAGUGGUUUUAAUUAUAAAAGAAGUAGUAUCAACUCUGACCACAGGAGUUCCAGGUGCAGCGUAUGUCAGAAAUUCUGCAUAACUCGUCAUGAAGUGACUUUUAUGGGCGCCGUUCACAAGCUCUGCGGCGACACCUGCUUCACCCAGUUCCGCUCGUCCAACAAACUGACGAUGAACUGCUGUGUAAACUGUGGAGGCUACUGCUACACUGGAGAGGGCAAGUCCCCCACGCUGAAGAUCGAUGGCAAUGCCAAAAAGUUCUGUAGUCAGAGCUGUGUCUCCAUCUACAAGAAGAAGAGUGUGAAGCCGGUUCCCUGCACGUUAUGCCGUGUCCUGCGUGCUCCGACCGACAUGGUGGAGAGCCCAGACUCUGACGGGACCCGGGAGCUGUUCUGCUCCGCGGCCUGCGUCACUGCCCAUAAAGUCCAGACCAUCAGCUCCUCUGGUACUGCACAGGAAUGCAACAACUGCAAAGUUACUAGUGUGCCUCAGUACCACCUUGCCAUGUCGGAUGGGUCCAUCCGCAACUUCUGCUCUUUCACCUGUGUGGUGGCCUUUCAGGAAGCUUUCAAUAAAGCAAACAAAUCGAGCCAGGUGAAUGUGACAACCUCUCAAACCAAAAUAACAUCCACGACGCAACCGGCCGCCUCUGUGUCUACUCCCUCUGAUCCUCCUUCCUCCACCACUGCCUCCACCAAAAGCCCCUCAGGGGUCCCCCUCACCCCUAAGGCCAUCAACCUCACCUGCAAACAGUGUCGUGUCCUCAUUAGCUCUAGGCCUGAGUUAGUGGAGUUUAAGUUUAAGAUGUUUGCCUUCUGUGACAAAUCAUGCGCAGAGGAAUUCCGAAAGAUCAACUCUGUGUUGGCGCCGUGUGUGUACUGCAAGAUCGAGAAAGUGGUCAGAGAGGUGAAGAGAAUUAACAAGGUGGACUGCACGUUCUGCAGUGAGGGUUGUAAGCUGCUCUACAAACACGACUUAGCCAAGCGCUGGGGUAAGAAGCACUGUCGCAGCUGUCACUACUGUGGCAGCACCUCCCAGUCUCUGGUCACGGGGGUGUUUUCCGGCAAGACCGAGGAGUUCUGUGGGAAUGAAUGUCUGUCGCUCUACACCCUCCUGUUCUGUCAGGUGGCAAAGUGUAACGUGUGCCAGCGUGCUCAGCAGAUGAAGGAGACCGUGAGAUGGCUGGGUGAGGUGAAGCACUUCUGUGACGUGCCCUGCCUGCUCCAGUUCUGCAGCCAGCAGAACAACGUGGAUGUCCGGGCCAUUAGGCCGGUCCUCAAGCCUUCGUCCGCACAGAGUAAGACAGUGCCCAUUCCCAUAUCCCCUGUGGUUUCCACAGCACCCUCUCACAGUAUUAAAGUUCCCACCCCUGUGGGGCCCAAAGAGGCUACGCCCGUCAUUGCCAGCGUCAUUUCUCUCUCCAACACGACUAACGGGCAGCCUAGUGUAUUGGCCAACACUGCCCUGCAAGGUACUGUCCCUGCUCCUCCUGUGAAAGUAACAGGACAUGCCAGCACUCAGACAGACUCUGUGAGGCUUCCUCCUACUUCAGCCCCCAGAAUCCUGAAGAAUAAAGCCCUGCUCUGUAAACCCAUGAGCCAGACCAAGGGCACCAUGUGUAAACCUAACACUGAAGACACUGAGACCCAGACAGAUGAAGACUUCCCAAAAGUGAUAGUGUUGCCUCUGCCAGUUCCUGUUUAUGUCCCAGUUCCCAUGCACCUGUACACCCAGUACACACCUCAGCCACUGGGCCUCCCUCUGCCGGUGCCUGUGCCCAUGUUCCUGCCCACCACUCUGAGCAGUGCUGAGGGCAUUGUCCAGACCAUCCAGAAGAUAAAGGAGAAGAUCCCUGACGAUCCCUUCGAAGCUGACCUCAUCAUGAUGGCCGAAAUGGUCGCCGAACAAAACGAGAGGGGACAACGUGCCUCCCAUAGAGACCAGGCCAGUACUGUCAGUGAGGAUUUGGACCUGGAGCCUUUGUCCAGUGCAGUGAGCUGUGAGGAUGAGAGCAGCUUCAGUAGUCAGCAGUGGAGUCAAAUCUCAGAACCAGAGGGAUCGCCUUCAGCCAAGCGGACCUCAGAAACACUCGCUCCUUCUCCAGAGCAGGGGCCUCAGGUGGACCUGGAAGCUGACUUUCCUAUUGAGUGCUUUGAGCUGUACGAGGAACAGCAAAAAGCGGGAAAAGAACAGCAGAGCACGCCGGCACAGAAUUUGAGAACCCACAAAAGAACCCGCGACAGCUUCCCUCAAAGGAAACGGGCCCGGAAACGUUCAGCGGCACCAGCCACCGCGGAGGUCGCCGUGCCGCCGGUCGCCGUCCCGAACAUGUCCGUGCUGCAGCAAGAGUACGGGGUGAACGCCUGGAAGAGCUGGGUUCGCUGGAGGACUGCACAGCCCAACAUGGACACGCCCAAAUUAGGCUCACGGCCUAUGAAACUGAAGGAAGACAUGCUGCAGUGCAGCACUGCAGAGCUAAGCUACGGCCUCUAUAAAUUCGUCAGUGAAGUGCGUCGGCCCAACGGGGAGAGUUACAGUCCGGACAGCAUCUUUUACCUCUGUUUAGGCAUUCAGCAGUAUUUGUUUGAAAACGGUAGGCUGGAGAACAUUUUUAGUGAUGUCUUCUACAGCAAGUUUACUCAGGAGAUAACCCGCAUUCUCAAAGACUGGAAACCAACAGUAUUACCUAGUGGCUACAUUCACUCGCGGGUAGAGGAAGAGUAUUUGUGGCAGUGUAAACAGCUGGGUGCAUACUCUCCCAGCGUACUGCUCAACACACUACUCUUCUUCUGCACUAAAAUGUUCAAAUUCAAGACGGUGGCACAACACCAGCGCCUCUCCUUCGCCCACGUCAUGCGCUGUACCCGACCCAGCGGCUCGGGCAAGGUCAGCUUCCUCCGCUUCUACCCCCCGACAACCAAAAGGGACAGUAUCCCAAACACAGAGAAGGAAGAUGGCUCUUCUAAGAGGAAGAGGGAGGAUGAGGAGGACAAUGACACGGGUGUCUUAGAGAUGCCUGAGAACACUGAAAACCCACUUCGCUGUCCAGUCAGACUCUAUGAGUUUUACCUCUCCAAAUGCUCCACUACGAUGAGGCAGCGCACCAACGUUUUCUACCUGCAGCCGGAACGUUCUUGCAUAUCCAACAGCCCCAUGUGGUUCUCCUCCAUGGCGCUGGACAGUGAAAUGCUGGAAGGCAUGCUCACGCGCAUCCUCAUCGUCCGACAGCUACACCUGGAGACCGAGCCGGCCCAAGGACAGGCCCCUGACUCCGACCACAAUGAACAUGCCUCGGAGUGAAACACACACACACGUGCUGUGCUAACGCCACACAUACAUGGACAUCAAGACCUAAUCACUCUUCCGCAGGGAUGGACUGCUCCUCUGUGUAUGGUGCUGUUUUGGGCCUUCCCACGAUCCCUUCGUGGUGGCCCUGCGGCGGUGUGCAUGCAGACGUUGCUAAUGUGAAAGGAGUCACCUUUCGUUUUGCUCUGCUCUUCAUUCACCACGUCUUCACCACGGAUAGUGUUACCGACUCCACCUUCAAAACGCACAGUUAUAUCACAAUAGUUCAUUUACCUGCUGUACUGUGGCCUGUUUGCUGUACGAGCACAUUGACGUAUGGCGUUACAUUGCUAAGUUUGUGUACUAAAUCAUUUCCCUCACUCUUGGGUCUGUUUGCAGUGCUUCUGUAAGAAUGAGUUUAAAAUUUAACAAGAAACUUGCUGGGAAAAAAAAAGAAUAAAACACAUGUUUGUAUGGUCCACACACAGAACACA